AUGGCGAAGUCUUCGCGCUCGAAGUGGAAGAAGCUGCACAAGCGGCAGCGCGCGCAGGAGGUGGCCGCCGUCGUAGAGAAGCGUGUGGGGCGCCUGAACGACAAACUCCGCCUUGCGGCGCAGGGCGGCCUGAGCGCGGUCCCGAUGGAGGACCCCGAGACCCGCUUCCACUUCGUGAACCCCGAAAUGGACAUGAAUGUGCCGCAGAACUGCAAAGGGCCAAACAACAACUUUCACGACAUCCUCCGCGAGUCGCUGGACUUCAACAAGCCGCUGCAGCUGCGGCCCGCGCAGACGUGUUUUCACGGCAAGAGCGACCCGAACGCGCCGCACCCGAUGACGCAGCAGUUUGAGCUGCUCGACGCCGCCGCGCCGGUCGCCGGUCACGCCCUCACCGUGAAGGACGUCGAGCACGCGCCGCAGGGGGAAGAGCGGCGCCUUCGCGUGGACCACGGCGCCAGCGCAGCGGAGGCGUCCCACACCGACGGUGACGAAAUGGAGGAGUUUGUUUUUGGCUGCAACGACGCCGCGGCGGAGACGGAGCAGCAGCCGCAGGGCAAAGCGGCCACGGCACGUGCAGCGGCGCCUCAGCGCAUAGGCAGCAUGACGGGGUCCGCCCAGCGCGCCAGCCGCGUCGUGCAGGUUUCCGGCACCAAGAAGGCAAAGCGGCUGUCCAACACCCCACCCACGCGCCUAGCGAAGUCCGGCGGCAGGGCAGGCGCAAAGAAACGGGCCACGGCUAGUCAGUAA